CUUUGACCUCUUAAAAAUUUCUUAUUUCUUUAGCAGACACGGGAGUGGAACAAAUCAUAAGAAUUGAAUAGAAUACUUUACUUCUGCUUUUAGAGGAAAGAUGGCUGCUCAUCUCAAAGGAGAAAAAACUCAAGUUUUACCUGACUUUCUACAUCUGAAUGACUUGGCGUGUGAAGCUGUAGGAGGAAAGGUUUUAUUUGCAACAGAUGACUUUUUUGCUCCUGCAGAGAAUCUCUUAAAGAAAAAGAGUCCAGUUUUUAAACCAGAUGAAUUUACUGAUUAUGGCAAGUGGAUGGAUGGAUGGGAGACAAGGAGGAAAAGGAUUCCAGGACAUGAUUGGUGUAUUAUCCAGUUGGGAGUACCAGGUAUUGUCCAUGGAUUUGAGGUAAACACAUCUUUCUUUGCUGGAAACUGUGCUCCUCGUAUAUCAAUUCAAGCAGCAUGUCUGACGCAAGUGGAUUUACCAGAGGUUUGGCCAAGAGGGGACAGGAUAGGAACUGCAGCUUCAGAUGAAGAGUUAAAAGCUGUCAAGAAGAUGAAGUCAGAUGAAUGGACUCUUCUGGUUCCUAUGAAAGAGUUGAAACCAAGAUACCUUGAUUCUAGCUACAAUUAUUUUUCUUCCAGUUGUAAGAGGAAAUGGACUCACAUAAGACUCAAUAUCUAUCCAGAUGGUGGGAUUGCACGUUUCAAAGUGUAUGGUGUUGUUCAGAAAGACUGGUCAGCUUCUGGCCCAAAUGACUUGGAUGACUUGGUGGCAAUGGAGAAUGGAGGUAUUUGUGUUGGAUUUAGCAGUGCUCAAUUAGGCCACCCAAGAAAUAUUCUAGGGCUAGGAAGAGCAACAUCCAUGGAAGAUGGUUGGGAAACAGCAAGAAGACCGGACAGGCCACCAGUUUUAAAAGCUGAUGAGAAAGGUAUCCUCCUCAUGCCAGGGAGUGAAUGGGCAGUUUUCCGGUUGGCACAUCCUUGUGUAAUAACUCACAUUGAAAUAGACACUAAUCACUUUAAAGGUAACUUUCCAGAUACUUGCAAACUCGAAGCCUGUGUUUUGAACACACAAGAAGAAAAAGAUUGUAUAACACAGAAAUGGAACCUUAAACAGAAUCCAAAAUGGAAUCCUUUGCUUUCUGUUACAAAGCUUAAGCCUAACAAGAGGCAUUUCUUUGACGGUACUGCCCUGCAAAUGCAGGAUGUAAUCACUCAUGUGAGACUCGUUAUUGUUCCUGAUGGAGGUGUAAGUAGGAUGCGUCUCUGGGGUUUCCCACGGAGUCUGUUUUAUACAAGCAAAUGAAUGAAGAGGAUUUUCUAAAAAAGGCUUUAAGGGUUAUAGAAUGGAUGU